AUGGAUAUUUUUGAAGUAAUUGGUAUCUUAGAAGCGCUGAAAGAGGAUAAAAGGAAGCACUGGGUUCACCCAUUAUACAAGAAAAGGUUGAGCAUUGGACAAUUUCACACUCUUUAUCCAGAACUAAGGAAACAUCCAGAAAAAUUUUACGACUAUUUCAAUAUGACUUCUCAUACAUUUGAUGAAUUGCUUAAAUCUAUAACCCAGUACAUAGCUAAAAAUAAUAUCACAAGAGAUACAUUAUGUCCCGAAGAACGGCUUACUAUAACUUUGAGAUUCUUGUCAAGUGGACUAAGUUACAGAAAAAUUGCACAAGAGUUUCUUGUUGGAAAAUCGACGGUAUCGAAAAUAAUAAGUGAAACUGCAUGCAUUAUAUGGGAUAUUUUACAGCCACAGGAAAUGCCGGAACCUUCUGAAGAAUUGUGGCUAGAAAUAGCAAAACGAUAUUAUAAAAAAACCAACUAUCCUAAUUGUAUAGGAUCUAUCGAUGGCAAGCAUAUCCGUAUUAGAAAACCACCAAAAAGUGGGUCUAACUAUUUUAAUUAUAAGAAGUUCUUCUCAAUUGUUCUGUUAGCCGUAGCAGAUGCAAACUGUUCUUUUAUAGCUAUUGAUGUAGGUGCUUGCGGACGAAAUGCUGACAGUAAUAUAUUUAAAGAAAGUGGUUUUGGCAAAAAAUUGGCGUGUGGGUCUCUGAAGAUUCCUAACUCAACUAAAUUGCCUAAUUCAAAUGGAUUGCCCCAACCUUUCGUGUUUCUUGGAGAUGAGGCAUUUGGAUAACAAAAGCAUAUCUUGAGGCCUUUUCCUAAUAAAAGUUUAAAUAAGGAAGAGCGAAUUUACAAUUAUCGUCAUAGUCGAGCUAGGAGAUGCGUGGAAUGUGCAUUCGGCAUCCUAACAAGCAAAUGGAGAGUUCUGCAUACACCGAUCGCUACUAAUGUGAAUACAACCAUCGCUAUCGUAAAAGCCGUUUGUAUUUUACAUAAUUUUGUCAUAGCAAGAGAACAAGCACAAUAUGCACAUAUUUCGCGACGUACCUCAACAACUCUUACAAGUUCAAGGAGCCAAAUUAUUACUGUAUCAAAUUCUGGAAAAACAACAAGAGAAAACUUUAAAAACUAUUUUCUUAACGAAGGAAAGCUAUCCUGGCAAGAGAAAUAUUUGUAAGUUGUAGCUACAGGAAGAAAUAGUGUAACGGAGUGUGUAAAGCCGUAAAUACUAUGUAAAUUAUGAUACUUUGUUUUAUGUAGUGAGUGAUACAAGUAUAUUGUUGAAUAAAUAAUAAAUUCAUUAGAAUGGAA